GCUCUCAGACUGAAGCAGACAAAGGCGAGGGGAGAGACGGCGUGCCGCUAUCCUGCAGCAUCGACUCACACAUUCACAUACACUCCCCCUUCACACACACAUCCACGCACACACACUCCCUUCACUCCGCAAGCAGCGACGCAGACUCUCCGGAGCUGGUCACCACCACCACACAUCUAUCACAACCAUCACAGCUGUCAGUCACCAUGGAGCUAGACUUUGGACACUUUGACGAGCGAGACAAGGCGAGCCGUACCCCGAGGGGAGGGCGCAUGAAUGGACUUCCCAGCCCCACUCACAGCGCCCACUGCAGCUUCUACCGCACACGCACUCUGCAGGCCCUCACCAACGAGAAGAAGGCCAAAAAGGUGCGCUUCUACCGCAACGGAGACCGCUACUUCAAGGGCAUCGUGUACGCUGUGGCCAGUGACCGAUUUCGCACCUUUGACUCACUGCUGGCUGACCUCACACGCUCACUGUCUGACCACAUCAACCUGCCACAGGGUGUCCGCUUCAUCUUCACCAUCGAUGGCCAACGCAAGAUCUGUGCCCUGGAUGAACUGGAGGAAGGGGAAAGCUACGUUUGUGCAUCAGAGAACUUCUACAAGAAGGUUGACUACACAAAGAAUGUCAACCCAAACUGGUCAGUGAAUGUUAAGGCCUCAGCGAGCCAGAAGAACAUGCAGUCCUUAGCUGCCAAGGCCGCCACCGAGCCCCGAGAGAGCAAGGACUUCGUUCGACCCAAGCUGGUGACGGUGAUGCGCAGCGGUGUGAAGCCACGCAAGGCUGUGCGUGUCCUGCUCAAUAAGAAAACCGCACACUCCUUUGAGCAGGUGCUCACUGACAUCACAGAGGCCAUCAAACUGGAAAGUGGCGUGGUCAAGAGGAUCUACACGCUUGACGGCAAGCAGGUGACCUGCCUUCAGGAUUUCUUCGGUGAUGACGACGUCUUCAUCGCUUGUGGACCAGAGAAAUUCCGCUAUGCCCAGGAUGACUUCUCUCUGGAUGAGAACGAGUGCAGGGUGAUGAAGGGACCCAAAGCUCAGCGUGGUAUAGCCAAGAGUCCCAGUCAAAUCAAGCGCUGCAAGUCUCCUGCUGAAUCAACCAACGGGACCGGCUCCAGCAGCCAGCUCUCCACCCCGAUUUCCAAGCAUUCCCCCACCUCCACUCCCAACAGUCCAGGCCUCAACAACAAGCAGAAGGAUCUCUACUUGCCCUUAUCUCUGGAUGAUGAUGAUUCAAUUGGGGAAUCGAUGUAGACUCUCCUCCCAUUUGGCCUGAAACACAGAAGUUUUUAUACAUCUGCUGCUUUCCACCUACACUCACAGUGCCACCCGUUGUCGAGGAGAACCGCUCUUUGUCUUGUUUUUUUUAAAGGCCUUAGCCAGCAGAGCUAUGACACCAUUUGCUGCUUGAGAAUAACACACCACUUUUUUAAAAUCAGUUUUCGACCACAUUGCAACAAUCAGCUCACCAUUGUUCAGGAGCAUAUUUCUAUGUGCAGGUUAGCCACAUGUUCUCAAAAGGGCACACAGUUCAGAAUUCACAGUGUAUAAAACAUUCACUUCGGUCUCAAACAUUUUUUUAAAGGAUGCACUCUGACUUCGAUGUUUCUCUCACUGAAUUCCAAGCAGCAAAUGGACCUUUGUAGGGGUGUUAGUCAGAUCUGACUCAACUUUUGUAUCACUUGUAUUCGUGGUGUUUCUCCAUGUCCUCCUGUCCCUUUGGUUAAAGGUGUGAAAACGAAUGGUUCCUGGUUCAAAGCCAGAUGAAGUCCUUCUUACCUGCUGUAAAUACUGUGUAUAGCUCUCCAUCAACGCAUCUCAGCCAAACGUCCAUUAAUGUGCUUCCAUAACGUCCAUACGAUGUCCGUCCAGCAUUUGCUCAACAUGAAACAGGGUUAAGUCAAAGUAGAAGAAGAACCAAACUGAAGUCCCACUGCAGAGGGUGAGGAUGUGUGGGCUGAAGCUCCUGACUGAAGAGGAUGAUCUGUCGGAAGUAAAACGCCUCCACAAUGAGAAUUCAAAAUCCCUACUGAAUAUAUAUACAGUUUAUAUAUAUGAGAGAUUAUAAAAUCACCUGGAGGCUGCAAAAUCCUAACAUUGGCAAUAAUUUGAGUUUACCCUGUCCAAUCAGAGACAAGGACCUAACUGUGCAAGAAAAAAACAUCCUACAUGACCCUCAGUAACCCCUUCAUGUUGGUAUUUCCUCUAUUUUGACCCUCUACAUACAGUAGACAGUAGGCUACACAUGGUUUAUACCCUCUGUGUUUUAGAUUAACAAUUUGCAGUGCAUGAUUAAAAAAAGGAACAAAUGAGAAUGUCUCUUUGGGCGUGUUUAAAGCUGAUCUGAAGGACCUAAAGGUGCAUAAAGAUAAAAAGUGAGUGAAAAAAAUCAACCAAAGGAAGGAUAAAAAGUCAGGCCCGUUUUUUUAAAAAGCCAGUAUAAUUUUAUACCAUGAUCAUGUCUCAAUAAUUCCCUUUUAGGCGAUGUUUUAUAGUGUGAAAUUUAAGAUGAAUAAAUAACGGUCUCAAAGCCAAAGUAUGAUUUUAGACCAAGAAUUAUAGAAAGGUGUAAAUUUAUUAGUUGUAAAAUUCUUUAGAAGCACACCUGGAGAUUAUUGCAUGUUACUUUCAUCGAUCAAAAUAGCAUUAAAAUGAAAUCAUGCUAAUAUGAAGCCAUUAGAGUUUAUCAGGGCGCUAAACAGUAGUGGGAUUUCUCCUCUAUUUGCAUGGCUCUGCGUAUUUCUCCCAUACAGGGGAGGUGAAAACGCAAUGGUUGUCUAAAUCUGUGUGUGGGUUUGAAAUUUUUAUAAAGUCUAUUAAUUUAUAUCAAGGGUACUUAUCUAGGAUUCUUUUUUCUAGUUGCUCAUGUGAGCUCUAAACACUUUUUUCAAGCCUCUGUGUGCAACUUUCUACGACCAUGUUUCUUUUUCAAAGUGUGUAGUGUGUCCAGGUUUUCUCUGAUUGGUGCAGGAUAACCAGCCUGAGAAUUGAGGCAUAAGUGAAGCACAAAGCAGGGAGAUAUUUCUUCACCACAGACAGACACUUUAAUGUUGACUUGCCAGCAUUUAUGCGUGACUGCAAUUAAUUUCUGUUAGAAAAAAUUGUUGCACAUGUAGCAACCUUUAAAUUAAAAUCUAUGCAUUCGGAUUCAUGAUUAGACUGAUUUUAGUGGGAAGGGUUUUUAUAUACCCUAUAGCAUGACAAGAAAUUGAAUUAAAUUUAAUUGACCAUGCAAUUUUUCUAUUGUGAUGAAAAUUUGGAAGAGUCUUAGGAAUGAUCUUGAAAGCGUUUUUUUUAAUAAGAGUGAAAGUGCUCAAGACAAAAAAACUCACCAAACUACCCGGUGCUGUAAGCUCCAUGUUUCUCCUGCAGGGAGUGCUGUCACACCAGCACAAACACAGCUAAUAAUAUCAGCCAAUCCAACAGCAGGGACACUUCACUUUACUGCCCAUUUUGUACAAAAACCCUCUUUGUUGUCUAUCGGUUCUGUAUAACCUCUCAUGCUAAUAAUCUUCUUGUUUCCUUGAUUUUUCUCCGGCUUAUUACAGCAUAUAAACCAUUUACAGAAACUGUUGGUUGUCUUGUGUUAACUGGCCCGCCUCCAUGUCACAUGGACGGUGUGAAUUCAUCACCUACAGUGGUGCCUUUUUUUUAAAAGAUUACUGUCUUUUGAUAAAAACUGAAACGGGGAAUGGAAGGCUUGUUCUUUGUUAACAGCUGUUUGUAAACCAUUUUUAACGUCUUGAAUGAGGAGAUCUCUGACACGCAUUGUUUUGUAGAGUUACAGGACAUUUAAUCAUGAUGUAAAUACGCUUCCCUCCUGUUCUCUUUCAUAUGUAUGCCUUUCUGAUCGAAUGAAUGAAUCUUUUUUUUUCUCUGAAAUUUACAAUGUCCUUUUUAGUGGUAAUUUGCAAUGUCACAGUGGCUUGUUUCAGUGCUUCAUUCAAUGUAUUA